CAGCGCAUCUCGCAGCCCCCGGCAGGACGCGGCCGCCGCAGCCCGUGCGCCCCUGGCCCUGCGCCCUCGCCCCGCGCCCCGAGCCCGGUCACCCUUCAGCAUAAAACGUGAGAAUUUAAAACCUGAGAUUUCUCUGAAAUGUCGUACAGACAGGAAUUGGAGAAAUACCGGGAUCUGGAUGAGGAUAAGAUCCUUAGUGCAUUGACAGAAGAAGAACUCAGGACACUGGAGAAUGAACUGGAAGAGCUAGACCCUGAUAAUGAUCUGCUGCCUGUGGGACUCAGACAGAGGGACCAGACCAAAAAGACACCAACUGGCCCAUUCAAAAGGGAUGAGCUUCUGGACCACCUAGAAAAGCAGGCAAAAGAUAUGAAAGAUCGAGAAGACCUGGUCCCUUUCACAGGAGAAAAGAGAGGAAAAGUCUGGGUCCCCAAGGAGAAGCCAAUUGAUCCUGUUUUGGAAAGAGUAACCCUGGAGCCAGAGCUGGAGGAAGCCCUGGCUAAUGCGUCUGAUGCAGAACUCUGCGACAUCGCUGCUAUCCUUGGCAUGCAUACGUUGAUGAGUAACCAGCAGUACUACGAGGCACUCGGGAGCACCACUAUCGUUAACAAGGAAGGCCUGAACAGUGUGAUUAAGCCAACGCAAUAUAAACCAGUUCCCGAUGAAGAACCCAAUUCAACAGAUGUAGAAGAAACUUUGGAACGAGUGAAGAACAAUGACCCUAAACUCGAGGAAGUCAACCUUAAUAAUAUUAGGAAUAUUCCCAUACCGACUUUAAAAGCAUAUGCUGAAGCACUGAAGAAUAAUUCCUAUGUAAAGAAAUUAAGCAUAGUAGGAACAAGAAGCAAUGACCCUGUAGCCUAUGCACUGGCUGAGAUGUUAAAAGCCAAUGGUGUAUUGAAAAGCUUGAAUGUGGAAUCCAACUUCAUUUCUGGGUCCGGGAUCCUGGCUCUGAUCGAAGCACUCCAGCACAAUACUUCAUUGAUCGAGCUCAAAAUUGACAACCAGAGCCAGCCGCUGGGCAACAAGGUGGAAAUGGAGAUUGCAAACAUGUUAGAAAAAAACAGCUCCCUUUUGAAGUUCGGGUAUCACUUUACACAGCAAGGUCCCCGGCUUCGUGCAUCUAACGCCAUGAUGAACAACAACGACCUUGCUCGUAUACGUCGCUCUGAUGGCCCCUGGCAUAACUUCUCGGCUCUGCAACUGGACGAUGUAUAAUGAGGAAGAGGAGACUUGCAGACUUGAAUGGGCCUUUCUAUCCCAAGUGCCGAACUGGGGUGUAGUUCCCGGCUGUGAAGAUUGUGCCUGGUGGUUUGUGCUAUACCCUGGAAAUCUGAAGGCAAAGUGCCUGCACAAAAUAUCUGUGGUGCCUCAGUUCUGUGUUGCAUAAUUAUGCACUAAAGGUUUUAAUUAACUAGCGAUUGUAGGUGACGAUUUGAUCAAAUAUCACUAAUGAUGUUUUCUUUAGAGUCAAGCCAAGUCAGUCCAGUUGCCAGUUUUAAGCAGGCUUGGUUUAGAAUGCAUCACAGCACAACAGUGACUGUUAAUUCACCCAUGACUUAACUUCUCUUAGGAUUUUCUGUGUGGUUUUUUCAGAUAUAUUUAGGAUGUGUUAUGCAUGAGUGGAAAAAAUUACUGCUCUACACAAGUUGCAUAAGUAUUUAAAAAAAUACUUUAUUUUUUCAACUUGCUUAUCUGUUUGACAAGCAUUUCUACUCUCCCACCACAGUGCUAGCCCAUCCCUUUCAAGGACUUGUCAAUUACAAUUAAUUACCAACAUUUGCUGACUUUAUUUGCAGACAGGAUGUCAAAAGCAUCCAUAUUUCCCUCCAAAAGAAUUCAUGUCUUUUUUAUUCAUCCCCUCCCCCGCAUGAAAAGAAUGUAAGGCCACUGAUUAUAAAGUAAUGGCUCCAUAAAAACAGAGCAGUGGGUAUUACAUGGGACGUUAAAAUCUUCCUGUCUCCUUUCACAGGGAUAUGGAAAACCAUUGCUUUAAGAGAUUGGGAAUGAAAUCCUGUCUCCACUGAAGUCAAGCGCAAACUCUCAUUGACUUCAAUAGGGGCAGGAUUUGCCCCUGGAUUUUCUCUGGAAAUAAGCCUCCUGUGCUUUUACUGGGUCUUGUAAUGAGUGUGCUGGAGCCCUCACUCGUCAUGCUGGGUUUCUGGCGGGGUGGCUGUUUUAUUUAUCUGUAAAACUUCUUGUUCUGCUAGAGAUUUUAUUUUACCAACAUCCCAAAUUUCUGACUAGUGAAUCCUAAUAAAGAAAUUACUUGAAAAUACCCUGCCUGUGAAUCCAGGUAGUCCAGGAUGCCAUUUGAGUAGAGUUGGAUAAACAUACAGGCAGUUGGGUUUGUAAGGUGAUAAAAACCCACUGCCUUUCUAGGGAGGAAUUUCCAGCAGGUACAUGCAGCCUCUGAUCAUGCAGUGGGUUCCUCACCAGCAGGCCAUCAACCCCCAGCAACUCCCAUUGCCUCCAGUGCGCGGCUAGGCUGCACAGCAGGAAGUCUGCCCAUGCAGAGCCAGUGCCAGAGGGUAGCCUUUGUUUAUACACCUAAAGAAUCCAUCCCAACACUCUUUUCCACAUAACAAUCAACCUACUGCUGUUCCCAGUGUGUUCUGCAGUCUGUGCAUUGUGGUACAGCAAACCUGCCACUCAUUUCAACAGAAUUUUUGCAUCAGGAUUGCAGGCUUUGGCCCUGAUUUGCUAUCUCUGAAUAUCACACUUUAACCUUGAGUGGGAAAUACAAACGUGUUUGAUUGUUGCUCUUGAAAUCGUAAUAAAUGUGUCAGAAAUCACAAAUAAAAUGCUUCAAUGCAGUUUUUUGUAAAAUCCCAUACGAACGAUUAGGGAAUAUUGCAAAACCAGAAAGCGGCAUGAUAAGCCCAAUGCCAGUUGGACAGCCGUAGUCCCACCAGACACCUCCCAAAGGCUUUAGCAAAAUCAAUGAAAGCAUCAGUCCAGAUGCCACUUGAUCGCUAACGGCAGAGUUGUCUGCUCAGAUGUGCACAGAACUAACUCAGCAUCAGUGUCUGCUCUCCCACUGACUCAGGGGAAUGGAAGUUGUUCUUCUCUGGUACAUGCUGCCUGCCCUGGUGCCCAUGGGGAAUCUGGGUGUGUGGGGGCAGUGCAGAAUACGCUAAGCGGGACCCUGCUGUGCAGACCUGCGAGGAGGAUUUUAAGCAAUAACCUUGCCCUUUUCCAUGCUGUAGUAGUAUCUAAAUGCCCGUGGCAGUUGAAACAUAUGGUUGGAGGGCUCUGGGCUUGUGUGUGACAGGCAUACUCAUGCUGGUGACUGUUCCAGAAUUACAUAGGUAAGCGAGCAAGUGCUUACCCAGCAGAGCAAGGAGUUGCACAGUUGCCUGGGGAAAAGCAUCAGGCUCUGUACCAGCUGUGCUGUCGAGCAGUAAUGAUGAAGUGUCACUAGUUCUUGAGGAAAAGGGGAUCCCUCCCUACAGCGAGCACCAUGCCUGCUCGUGCGCAGACUCUCCUGCUUGGAACUGCUGAGCCAUGGAGCUAACAUACCUUCUCAGAGGCGUCACAGCAGUUGUGCUGAGUCAGCUAAGCGGCGAGUCAGCAUUUCAAGUUGUGUCAGUGGUUCUUUAGAUAUAGGUAACAAAGACUCGCACACAGCCAGACCCCAGGGGUUGCCUACGCACUAACCCUUAGAACAUGGAGGACCUGGAGUGUACUUGCCUUCUAGGCUGGAGAUGAGUGAAACAGUCAUGGGGGCAGCUGCCUCCUCUUACCUCCUGCUCCAGAAUAGCAACCCCCCCAGUCUCCUGUUCCUCCCCCACAAAGCACUGGAACCACCUCGCCCCUUGCAUAAAGGAGUCGAUUGCUUCUCCUGCCUUGUAGCGGGUCUGGGCUUACGUCCUACUCAGCACUGGUCCAGCCUCCUUAGCCAGCGCCUGACCCAUCUGGCCAUCUCACCCCUGCCAUGGGUAAUGGGGAGACUCUCACCCCUCGGGGGGGACAGGAUGCAGUGUGGUUUGGGGGUAGAGCCCCUCCGAGGGGCCAGAAACCUUCCCUAGACCAGCACCUGGUUAGCAGGCUGCUUGCCUGGCAUGAGCUGAAGCCCAGCUGCCAGUCACAGGUUUCCAAAGGGUUAAAAGCAGCACACGCACGGAUGACGUGGCACUGCCCCAGAGCUGUACGGACAAGGAGCAGCACACGCACGGAUGACGUGUCUGUACAGCUCUGGGGCAGUGCCAAGGAUGAUGCGUCACGCUGGCAGUUUUAGAAGUUCACACUAACACGAAGUUGACACCGUUUCCCAUUUGUACUGAAAACAGACCCGGCCAGGGCCUUUUGCAGGAGUUACAUGAUGGUCACCUAGCCAGCAGGUUGGUCGGGGGGUUUAAAACAGAACAGCUGAAAAACACCACAGUGCAACAUACUAGUUGUGGGAUCCUGUGCUCAACCACAGCUACUGGCAGUGACGUAGGCUGGGAAUGCAAUGCGUGCCUGACGGCAGGAUGCUGCACCUUGGCCAGCUCGCCAAUGCACCUGGGAAAGUUGCUGCACGCAAACAUGCAUCGCCCCAGUGCUGGGGACACCAGCUGCCUAGGGGAAUAGGAGGCUCUUCCAAAGACCAUUGUUGUCAGUGGGCAUCGUUAGUCACCUCAGGGGCUUGGGCUCAGCCCCUGCAUCAUUAUCAUCAUCACCUAAUAAUAGCUCUGGGGAAGGGUCCCACAGUGGAGCUUGGAGCAGGUUUGAAGACCACACAGCAGCACCCCGGCUGUUGUUGAACAGGUAGCCAUGGGCACAAUGUCAGAGAAGUCAGGCCUUGCUGUGGGAUUCAACACAAGCUAAGUCUGCUGCAAUGCCGUCCUCCCUUCCCCCUGCUUUGGUAAGGGAAAAGGUUCCUUUAGCGCCGGCACGGAAAAUAAAAGGGCUAUAACUGACCAUAAGCAACUGUAGAAAGGUGAGUGUGAUGGGGCAUCCCCCCACAGCAGCAUGGAUGGGGUAAAGUGGCAAGGGAGGCCAAGGAGCCUUAGGCUGCACCUGCUGGUUGAGAUCACAGCUCACGUGGGCAGGGACAGGUGGGGGAUGGGGGGGGGUGCAGGCACAUCAGCCUACAGGCACACGCCCUGGUACAAGCGGCACAGCAGGGGCGUGACAAGGGCAGGCUUGGACACAGUCCAGGGAAGGAGGAGCAGUGAAGGAUGACAGGGACAGACCUGACAUGCUGGGCUGAGGGUCCCUAGAUUGGAGGGUGGUGUAGAGGGCAGGCCUAGGUUCCUCUACCAGCCCGUGCGGGAGUGGCACAGUCAGUGCAGGGGAGAUGGAGACUGCCUGAGCCUUUGAGGAAGGGAGACUGAUGGUGACCUGACCAGAGGGCUAAGCCACGAAGGAGCAGCGCUGCAGAGAGCAAAGGGCUGCAAGGAAAGUGACAGAGGCAACAGGCUGAACGAUCGCUGGACAGUGGUGAGCUAAUGCCCCAGAUGAGCCAUGAGGCGGUGCUGCAACGCAGGGAGCAGCAGACCCCGUGACCCUGAACAAAGGGUUUUUUAAAAGCCAUUGUCAGGACAAAGCCACAACUGACUUUACCAGUACAACGGGGGGAUACGCUUCAAAGGGGAAACAGCAGCAGCAGAACUACACAGUCCAUGCCAAUAAGUGUAGCAGAAGCACUCUGGAUCCAUGGAGAUGCAUUUAACCCCUCAGAAUACACAGCUCUCGUGUGUCCAUUGCACACAAUCACGUGGGGACUGCACUCACCGCCACUCCUACUCCUAUGAUGUUCAUUAACAUUUACAUCAUGCCCCUGGGCUUUCCUCAGCAAAUGGCUGCAUUUCAAUGCAUUUCUGAACCCCACCAGUUUUCUGCAGCACACACAGUCCAAUGCAAGUCCUGGGCUAAGGGCUGUAUCUUGGACAUUUAAAAACUCAGUCACGUGAAUUCCCUUCUGCAUGGUAGGACAUGGACACUGACUGCCACGAAAGAGGGGCAGCGAGCAGGUUAUUCUUCUCCCUCUUCCCACACAACAUGCCCUGCCAGAUGAACUUGCCUGAGGUUGUACACGGCCAUUGAGUGUCGCCAGCUUUUGCUCUGAUGAAGUCGUGGGUCCAGCUUCUGGCCUCACAGCUGCUGGUUGCUAGUGUAAACCCAGAGACUUUAACAUCAAAAUCAAAGUAAAAAGCCCCUUUUGUGGGCAGCCUGACUUACACCAGGGUAAAGGAGAGGAGACUCAGGCUGCUGGUGUUUAUGCGGAAAAUAGCCUCAACCACAGUCUGCUUGUGCUCCCGAUGAUUAGAAGUGACUAAAAACCUGCUGCCUCCAUCUCCCUAGCCGCGUGCGCACGCACGCACACACACACAUCCGCCCGUUCCUUCACCUUCUGGCUCCUGCUUGGUUGUGAGUGGCCACAUCCCAUGGCAUGUGCUGCACUCAUCAAGUUCUCCCUGGCGCCUAUCACAUUGUGGAGGCAGAACAGUAACUUCACUGCAGUGGGAGGAAUCCCGUAGCACCACUGUUGUGUUUGACGUGCCAUUAAUUUACACUUGGCCGGGGGCAGUUCAUGCUUUGCUGUCAAGUGCUAAAGAGACACUGGGGCUGAGUGUACAAAUCCAAUGACAAGCACUGGGAAGCCCCAUGCCCUAGAAUGCGAGUGU